AUGGCGAUGCCGCCUGGCUCCGGCCACCCUCGAGCGUCGCCCCGCGCCGCAGCCGUUGUCAUCUUCAAGCUCGUCGCGCCUUCGCCUCCGCGCCACUCGCCGGAGCCCCCGCAAGCCGUCCCUGUCGCCGAGUCCCCCGCCGGUCGCCUCUGCCUCGACCCCGCGUCCUCGCCUCCGGCGGCCGUCACCGCUCCGUGCACACCGCUGCCCCGAGCUGCUUCGCCUCCCUCCUCCGACAAGCGCCGCGCCACCUGCCUCUCCGCGACCCCGCUGCAGCUCCCUCUCCAGACCGUCGCCUCCGCGCCUUCUUGCCUCCUCCGCGCCCAUCUCCUGUUGCAUCUCCGUCGGCCUCAUCGCUCGUUUCCAACAAACGGCAGCCCGAUGGUUACCUCCACGCCAAGUACCACGACCCGCAAGACAGAGGACGACAAGCACCCCCUUCGAGCUGUCAAGACCGCAAGCGCCAAGUACCACGACGGCCCUCGAAGAGUUCGGAUUCGACAAGUCCGAUGA